AAAGAACAUGUUGUGAAGAAAUAUUGCAUAAACAUAAAAAAGUCUAUUUCGUCGAGACUUCCACAAUUUAUCAAGAUCAACAAAGCUAAAUUGUAUAUUGCCGAACUCAAUUAUUUAAACGAUAUGCAUAGAUGCAUUCAAGAUUUUGAGAAUCUUAUGGAUGAUUUGCUUACAGGAAAUGAAUAUACUCCUCCAAAUGAGUUCAAUAGCAAAAUGGAAGAUGUAAAAUUGAAUAUACUACAACAGUUUGAUUCGUAUCGAUCGAACAGUACUGAGGAAAUACAUAGACAGAUUCGUGAUCAACUUGAAGAGGCUGUUGAAAAACUUUGCAUUAAAUGCAAACAACAAAAUGAUAUUAAAUGGCAAACCUUACAACUACAAUUGUCUCAGUUAAAAAGGAAUUAUGAAGACCUAAUGAAGGAUGCUUGCGAAAAUGUAUUAACAGAUAAUACUCUUCUAUCUAAACACAAAGAGUGUAAAAUGAAAGUUCUUGAAGUGUUUGAAGGCUUACCAACUAAGGGUUAUUCGGAAAAUUAUAUGAACGAAAUGCGUCAAAAGCUUGUUGGAGAAAUUGAAGAACUUUGGGAAUAUUAUAGAUCACGAAAUGAAAUACAUAUGCUUUAUUUCGAGCAAAAAUGCCAAUCGAUGAAGAUAAAAGCAAAAAAAAUUAUAUUGAAAUCCCUUGAGGAACUCGGCGUGUUUAAUUCAGUUGAUGACGUUCACCGUAAUUUCAAUAUAGCUUUAGCUAAAGCUGAGUCCCAGUAUGAACAUUUAAAAGAAAACCCAUAUCACCAAGAAAUAUAUGAAAAAUAUCGGUCGGAAUUGAUGGACGAAGCUGAAGGCGAAUGCAGUUCGUACAUAAAAAGAGCAAAAAUUGUGCAAAAAAUAAAAGAAUUGGACAUAGGUUUUUUACGAAUGUUUGGUAUAGAUAUCAGCUAAGUUCAUUCACCAAUCUUACAUUAAAGGAGAAGUUUUUAUUAUAUAUGUUUAUGUAUAAAAUGCGAAAAAAACUAUUUUAAUAAACUUUAUACUUCCUUAUGCAUACAUAAUACAGCUCUUGGUAUUCAACUAAUCGACUAACCGGAUAGGUCAUUAUUCGAAUAAUAAUACUCGGCUUGCACUAUCCGGAUAAUACUAAGUGGUCGACCAUACGAUUAAUCGUUCGUUGUCGACUAUUCGAAUAGUAAGCGUUCAUUCAAAAAAUCCAAUAUGCCAAAAAUCAAAGGUUGCUUGGAUUUCAAACAUUUUUCAUUUAUUCAAAUACUCGCAUUAUUCGAAUAGUUUUAAGAGCCCUAAUACAUACAUACAUAUGUAUAUGUAAUGAUUAACAAGUAAGAUAAGACUAAGUUAGGAAAUGAAAGGCCUAUGAUGUAUUUCGAGAUAUCUGUUGAAAUUCAUUAUAAGUAGGAUCACUAUUAUUUAUUAGGGUGUCCAAUAGAUAGCACGUCCUCAUAGUUCUUACGUUGAAGUCAACCCGACUACCGGAAAUCACGUUUCUUUCUUUGGUGGAGCCAAAUACAAUUUAAUCCCUUGAUUUUUUAUAACGUAGAUACAUGUCUCACGUAUCUAUGCUCUAUAAGCAAUUUGUUUUAUUGCAUUUUUCAUUUUACGUUGUAAAAAAUAUUUGUACACUCAUUUUGGACAGUAAUGUGUCAUUUCAGCCAUUCACAAUAGUAAAACUUUUUUAAAAUCUGAAAACUAUGGUAGCAUUGAAGAAAGCGCACGUUGAGGUAUCCGCAUAUUCCGCACCAAUUUCAAUCGCUUACUUUGUAGUUGCUUUAACAUGUACCAGAGAACUUAAAACAACAACAAGUUGUUAGAGUCAGUUGUUAGAGUUAGUUAUUUUAAGUUCAGCAUGUACAACGUUUGAUAAGGAAAAAGUUAGCGAGUAGAGAAUUGGUGAAUCUUUACGUUACAGUUACGACAAUAUAUGUUUCCGAAAUAAUUAACAACUAGUUCGGUUACGUUUUACCUAAAAUAUUUAUCUUUUAAAACAUCAUGAUGGUAGCUCUGUAAGUAUUAUUUGUAGAAUAAAUAAGCCGAGGGAAGCACUGCACGGUAGAGCUUAAGCUUAUAAAAAUUUGCAAAAUAACGGUUAUACACAAGGGGUUAUACACAAGGGGAACAUUAUAAAAAGAUCCCAAAAAUUUGUAUUUACUGCUUUAGAACCUCAAAAAUAAUGCGAAUUGAGGGGUUCGCCACGAAAAACAACGUCUCAGGAUGGCAAUUACAUAGAGAUUUUAUCAAAACGCGAUCCUUUCAAGUUUUCAAGUCCUCUUUAGCUAUCCAAAGAGAAUUGUGUAUGGAAAUUUCUUCGAGAACUGUUGCGCGUCACCUUUUAGAAAAGAAUGUCCUGGGAAGGUUUUCCCAGAAAGUCCCAAUGUUCACAAAAAAGUCAGCGAUUGUUCGGAUUGCUUUUGCUUCAGCUUGCUUUCAUAUUAAUUGGACCGGUGAAGAAAAUGCAAAAAAGUGGCGGAAUAUUCUUUGUUCCGAUCAAAGGUAGGUAGCGAAGGAAAAGUUUAGGUACGAUGUCCGUAGAAUGCCGAAAUGAAUCCCCGAUACAAGACGAAGGCUUUCAAAUACGGGGGUGGUAAUAUAUUUUUCGUGGUACGGAGUUUGACCAUUGUUUUGGAGUUGGGAAACCAUGGACCGUUAUCACUACCUUAGAAUUAUAGAAGAUGCAACGCUUCCUUACGCAGUGGGUGUGUUCAAGACUUGGCUAUAAGAUCAAGAAAUCGAUAUUAUGAUUUGGCCAGCGCAAUCUCCGGAUUAAAAUCCUAUAGAAAACCUGUGAAAGAAUGUUAAGAGAAAGUUGAGCCCAUUAAACCACGAAAUAAGGAGGAGCUAUGGGAAAAAGUCCAAUACCGAAUUCAGUUUGUAAAGCUCUAGUGGAACCUACGCCGAAAAGGUGCGCUGCCGCACUCAAAAAUAAAGGAUUUGCAACAAAAUUCUAACUUAUAAUUAAUAAUUAUAAAUAAUUUUUUAAUAAUAAUACUCUACUAUUUAGUAGUUUUGUGUCCAUGAUCCUAUUUGAUUGUCCAUUGAAAUUCUUGACAGUUCCUUUAAAAAUUGUCUGCUGAUAAUACUUACAUUUUUAGUAAGUUAUUUUCGCUUUUGAAAUAUUUAAAUUUUUUUAGCUAUAACAAAUAAUUGUUUCCUCCGAAGAGUUGUGGUAAUUGUUAAUAAAAUUUUGAUUAUAUGUUCUCUCACCAAACUCAGAGCGAUUUCUCUUUGUUAUACGAUUUAAAGUAUCUACAAAAGAAUAAGCGUUUCAUUAAAAAGAGCUUUAAAAUUUCAGAAGUUUGAAUUGUAAUUAUGCUAAAACGAUGAAAUUUACACAAUUACGUUUGUUUUGAAUUUCAAUUGUCAAAAUUUUACUUUCAAUUUGGCACAACAAAAGUAAAGGACUUUUCAUAACUAGUAAUAACAUUAAAAAAUAUAAGUCGACAAUGUAAUAAUAAUCCAAACAAUGUACUAAUUAAUAAAUAAUAUUUGCAAAAGAUUCUAAAUCAGCGAUGUACUUAUUAAAUGUAAAUUUAAUCUUUAGGUUAAGCGUUUAAAGAGUCGAAUUGGGCUUUUUAGGGGUGUUAUAUUUUGAGGGCCAUUUUCAGGGGCUUUCUUUUUUGUGAAUAUUAAAUUUUUAACUGAAAAAUGUGAAAAAUCAGAUGUUAAAAAAAGAAGUAAGAAUUUGCUUUGUGGUUUAGCAGAUCAGAUUUAAUUAUAUAUGGCAAUUCAAUAAUAAUUGAUAAUUUCAGUUAAAGAAUGUUAUUAUAAUUACAUAUAUAACUUAAUUAAUAAUAAUUUAUUAUUUAUCUUAAUAAUAAUUUUUUUAGGGGAAUUUAGGGGGUUUUUGUUGGAGUUUUAGGGAGAAAAUUUUUGAGACUUGGGAACACUGUUAUACAAUGGUUAUGAGGGACACCGCAAUUAAACUUUUUUCCACGAAGCUCCAGAGUAAUUGCUACCAUUGCCGUAUUUUUUAAUAUUUCUCCAUGAAAAUUUAACAGAACAUUCUUCAAAUGUCAUACCAUAAUGUUCCAUUGGUUUUUCAUAAUUUUAAAUAAAUAAUAAUUUAAUAGAUUUCAACUGUUCCAUAACAAAUAAAAAUCAUAAAAAUGGACUCGCCCUUGAUAGCAAUGGUUAAACCUGUUGUUGUAUUGUUUUAUAGUAGAUUCCAAUAACUAUUCAGGUUAAAAAUUUUGCCCGAUACCAACCGUCGAAAUUGUCUGGAAAAUGGAAAGUCUCUGCAGUUCCUUCGUAAAUUUUUGCUAAGUCUAUAGCUUCUGUAUCUUCAUACUCGUAUUCCCAUUGUUUAGAGCAAAAUUCGCAAAGUUUUUUGAAAACUAAAUUCGAAUAAAAAAAAAUUAAAUUGCACUGCCGCCCGUCUCAACAUAUGCAAUAUGUUCACUUAUCCCUUUCCUAUAUAGAAUAUUCAUGUAUUAAUUUUAAAUAAAAUAAAAAUCGUAUCAAUAAGUUCAAGGUUAUUUCGUCAACGAUUGCGUGUCCACAUUAUUUGGACUGAGGGUAGAUUCCUUCAUAACCUUUGAAGUUUCGUUUAGGUUAGAUUAGAUUUUUUCAGUUCCAAAUUUUGCAAUUUUAAUUUUUCUUGUUGUCACGGUUAUUUCGUAAAUUUGUUAAGACUAGGUUUUGUCAUUGACAUUACCUAACAGAAGGAUUAAGAAAUGUGCUGUUAAAGCAGUAAUGGACCAUAAGAAAAGAUCGAUUUUGAAUGAGUACAUUUUAGAGCUGACUAAUGCCAGGCGGAGGAUAUACGAACAUAGAUCUAUUUAGGUCAAGUACAUACAUUUACCUACUAGCAGUCAUAUAUCAUUAACAAAAAAUCGAUGUUGUUAGGUAUCUAUUAACGGUAGAGUAUAAAAUAAACCAGAGCUACGACUCUACUUCAAAAAGUACCUGCAAUAGUGAAAUAAGGUCGUUAACAAUUUUACUAUCACUAGACGUCCCGUCUUUGUCCGUAGAGUAGCUCUAUGCUGGGAAUAUACGAACUGUUGCGUAGUUUAUAGCUUUGUAAGCUAAACAUUCAUUUUUCAUUCUAUAAGCCAUAUUUUUGUUCCAUCUGAGUACUCUGGCCACAAUAAUGGUCAAAUAAGGUUUGAGGAGUGUAGACUUUAAAAGACAACUCUCCGCGUUUUCAGGUUAUGCUCAUUACAGUGGAGUAGAGAAAAUGUCGAAGAAGUUGCCUGUUAUUUUGAUUCAUACGUCGUCAAUUCCAAUGCCAGACGUCGAUAUUGUGUAGUCAUAGUCGCAUCUUUAUAUACCAGAACUACCAAGGUGUUCUUUCAAUUAACGAGCAAAUCAUUUAUGGAGGUUUAUUUAGAUUAAGCUUCUAUAGUUCUUAGAGUAAAACUUUAAAAAAAAUAAAUUAAAUAUUUUUAGAGUUAUAUGCGAUCUCCGACGGCUUUUCCAUUGCUGCAGUAAUUCUGGACUUUUCAGUGGGUGAAACCUAAAAGAAAAAAUAAUAUACUAAACAAUAUUCUCCCCACAAUGACCCAAGCUUAAGGGGUACAAAUUGUUGUGUAACUCUCGGAGUAGGUUACAUAAAGAGUUACGAAGAGUAAAAUAUUUAUGAACUGACUAAUCAAUCUAAUUGAUCUUAAGUUAUUUCACAAUAAUUAUGCUAGUCAAAGCUGACUCUAAACUGACCAUUAGAAACGAGACAUUUUUCAAUCAUUGCGAUGGAACAAUUUUUUAGAUCUUAAAUACCUUCUGUAUUUAUCUCAAGUUUUCAAUUUGUGAACACAAGUUUUCUACAAGUCUUUUUCUAAAGUCAGUGGAUAUAUUCACUUGGCUGAUAUUAAAUAAAUAAAAGACAAAAAACAAAAAAUAAACGUUAAAAUAGAGAAACGUCAAAUAGCUGUCUCAUUACAUAAUAGUAUCUCACUUAAUUGGCAAUAUAACUUGGAGAUGUCAAAAACUUCAAACAUUUCGAAAAGAAAUAAUUUUCAUAGCGAAAAAGUCAUUGAAAACGAAAGCUUUGCAGAUAAUACCCGUUAAAGAAUAUCCCGAUAUAAAAUCGGCUAUUGUUAAUAAAAUGUCGAAGGUUUCAAGACAUCUCUAUAAGGGUCAAUCCGUAGCGGUUUUCACAAGCGGAGGCGAUGCCUGCGGCAUGAAUGGCGCGGUGCGCGCAUGCGUACGAAUGGCUAUCUAUUUAGGCUGUCAGGCUUUCAUGAUACGUGAGGGUUAUGAAGGUAUGGUGCAGGGCGGCGAUCAAUUCAUCAAAGCAACAUGGUCGUCGGUAUCCUCAAUCAUACAUGUGGGUGGCACGAUAAUCGGUUCGGCACGCUGUAAAGAAUUUAUGGAACGUGAAGGACGCAAGAAAGCCGCUUACAAUUUGGUUCAAAGAGAAAUAAACCGUUUGAUUGUUAUCGGCGGCGAUGGUUCACUUACCGGCGCGAAUAUAUUUCGUAAAGAAUGGAGUGGUCUGCUGGACGACUUGGUUGCUUCAGGUCAAAUAACACCACAACAGAGAGAAAAAUGUAAAGAUUUACAUAUUGUGGGCGUGGUAGGAUCCAUCGAUAAUGAUUUUUGUGGCACGGAUCUAACUAUUGGCACGGACUCUGCGCUGCAUCGCAUUACGGAGGCUAUCGAUUCAAUUGCGAGCACAGCCUACUCACAUCAGCGGAUUUUCAUAAUGGAAGUUAUGGGACGUCACUGCGGUUAUUUAGCAAUGGUCUCUGGCAUAAUAUCAGAAGCAGAUUAUGUGUUUUGUCCCGAGGCACCACCACCGUUGGAUUGGCAUGAUCGUUUAUGUUCCAAACUUAAAAUGGAGCGAGAAUGUGGUCAACGUCUCAAUAUCAUUAUCGUUGCCGAAGGCGCGAAUGACCUAAAUGGCGAACCGAUUACAGCCCCGAUGGUGAAACAAGUGAUUUUUGACAAAUUGGGUUGGGAUAGUCGAAUCACGGUACUGGGCCAUGUGCAGCGAGGUGGCGGAACGAGCGCCUAUGAUCGUAUUUUAGCUUGCCGCAUGGGCGCCGAAGCUACCGUCGCGGUAUUGGAAUCAACCGCAAUCACUACGCCAGUUGUCGUGGUUUUGGUUAACAAUCGAAUUGAGCGGAUUCCGCUGAUGGGAGCGGUGGAGCGAACACAAGCAGUAAAUAAAGCUCUGCAAGAUAAGGAUUGGGCGAAAGCGAUUACUUUACGUGGCAUAGCGUUUCAAGCGAACCUGCAAGCUUUGAAAUUAUUAUCGCAAACCAAAACGCCGAAACCUAAGGUGGAAGACUAUUGUGCCAGCGAUGCUUUCAAUGUUGCCGUCAUGCACGUCGGUUCGCCAGCUUGUGGCAUCAAUGCUGCCACACGAAGUUUGGUGCGCACCAUUAUUUAUAACGGUGACUCCGUAUAUGGCGUUAGGAAUGGUGUUCUGGGACUAGCAGCUGGCGAACUAAAACCAUUGAUUUGGAGCGAUGUCAUCGGUUGGUGUGGACAAGGUGGCGCUUUUCUUGGCAUGAAUCGUAUCACACCGGAGGGUAGAUUUCCAGAAAUCGCACGACAAUUGCGUGAAUUCAAGAUUCAUGCAUUAGUGGUUAUCGGUGGCUUCGAAGCUUAUCGCACCGUCUUAUCGUUGACAAUGGAGCGGUCAAAAUUUUUGGAAUUCUGCAUUCCAAUGGCUGUAAUACCAUCAACAAUAUCUAACAAUAUACCCGGUACCGAGUAUAGUAUCGGCUCUGAUACCAGCUUAAAUGAGAUCACGAAAAUCUGCGACUUGAUACGCGAUUCGGCGCGUGGCUACAAGAAACGCGUCUUCAUUAUCGAGACAAUGGGCGGACAUUGUGGUUACUUAGCUACCAUGGCAGCUAUGGCCGGAGGCGCUGAUUCGGCCUAUAUUUACGAGGAAAAAUUUAGCGUCCACGAUAUACAACGCGACUGUUAUAAUAUGAUAGCGAAAAUGAACGGUGGCAUUGAUCGUGGACUAGUGUUGCGCAGUGAAGGUGCGAAUAAAAAUUACACUUCAAACUUCAUCGAACGUCUUUACGAAGAGGAGUCAAAUGGUCUGUUUAGCUGUCGCACGAAUAUCCUAGGUCAUGUGCAACAGGGUGGCAGACCAACACCGUUCGAUCGUUGCUUGGCUACGGAGAUGGGCAUCGCUUGUGCUCAAUUUGUACGCGAACAAAUGAAAAAAUCAGUCCAACCAGAUGGUACGGUUUUAGCGACAACAAAGCACUCUUCAUGCUUGCUAGGCCUGGUGGGUCCGGAACAUAAACUAACGCCCAUGGAGGAUCUAUCCCAUCAAACGGAGUUUCACCUUCGCAUACCGAAGAAACAGUGGUGGUUACAGCUACGCCCGUUAUUAAAAAUUCUGUCGAUACAUGAUUCGGCCUACGCCGAUAAUUUUGCAGCUGUAACAUCAUCACUUCAACAACCUGUGGAUAUCAAUUGUACUGUUAAUUAAGCCUGGCACUUACAGCUGUUACCACUACUAUAUAAAUAAUUUACUGUACUUUGAAAAUGCAAUUGAUAUUAUGUGUUAUUGUAUGUUAUGUAUAUUGAACUAAAAAUAAAUUGAGUUUAUCUAAUUAAUCAUA